AUGGGGGUGGGUGUGAUAGCCAGGGACUAUUCGGGACAUGUGAAGGCGGCAUUGUGUUCUACUUUACCUUUUGUCUCAGAUCCCAUUGUGGCGGAAUCCCUUGGAGCUCGGAGGGCCUUAGAAUUUGGGCGAAGUUUGGGUUUCCCUUCUAUUGUUUUGGAAGGUGAUGCUAAAGGAGUUAUUCUGGGUUUGGGGAGUUCUGAAGACCGCGGGGGUAGCCAUGAAGGUGUAAUUAAGGAAUGUCGGAUGUUGCUAAAGUCUUUUUGCUCGUGGUCUAUCAAUCAUGUGCGGCGUGAAGGAAAUAUGGCUGCCCACCAGUUGGCUAAGCUUGCUAUUUUUAAGUUUGGUCAUCAUGUGUGGAUUGAUAUGUGUCCUAAAGAAAUUUGGUAUACUAUCUGUAAUGAUGUUUGUUUAUAA